AUGGUUAGCCCCAUGCAGACCUUUAUGGGAGCAGCAAACCAGUACGGGAAUGGUAAGUCAGUUUGUUAUGUUUUACGAUUUUAGGCGUUAUUUAUUCCAAGAAAUGUAAUUUAUAGAAGGCUGGAAUUAAUACUACGUUCGUUUGCCAAUUUUUUACGAUUUUGUUUUUAGUUCCCUUGAAGGAUAUUUGUGAUGCUUUGAAGAAAGCUCUUCCAACUUUAAACAAGGCAAAUGUAGCUGAUAUGGACAAGUUCAUCGAGGUUUUAGUUAACAAGAACAACGGAGUUGGAGCCUGCUUUCUUCUGCAUGCGAAAAUUAAGAAAGGACCCGAGAUUCUAUUUGACCGUAUGCUAUUCUUAACACAGGUCAACAAGGUUUUGGACGCGAUUCAAGAGUCGGAAAUAGAACAUUUGAGGGAAAGAUGUAAGUAAUCUUUAAUUUUUAGGUAUUAAAGUUUUUGAGUUUACUUUACAUUUGAUCUAAAAUUAAUAUGUACGUAUUCUUUAAUUUUUUAAAUAAUAAUUUUUUCUUUUAUUAAUUUACUUUUAGUUGCACAAACUUUCACGGACUUUGCUUUAUUGUUGGUCGAAAACGGGAUGGCCUUGAACGGCAUUAAUCUUCUCAGGAAGGCUUUGGAUUUAAUGACUGCAAAUGUGAAAGGAACAAUCACAAAUUUGCAUACAGCUUUGCUUGGACUUUGUUUGGCUGCAAAUCGUUUUGACGCAGCUUUGGACUACCUCAAUGUGAACGCAGAAGCUGUUUUCAUGAACGCGGUCAGUAACAGAACAUUGGAUGGGUACUCUACUUUGUUGUUCUUUUACUACGGUGGCACGAUUUACAUUGCUUUGGAGAUGUGGAAGGAAGCGGCAUUCUUCUUACAGAUGGCUGUGUGUUUGCCAGCUCUCUCGGCUUCAUCGAUCAUGAUUGAAGCUUUGAAGAAGUUGAUUCUGGUGAAUCUUUUGUUGGACAGGCCAGUUCAACUGCCUUCGUAUAGAUCAGCAGCUAUUCAACGUGCUGCUCAAUCAAAAUGUGAAGCUUACUAUCGGGUUGCCAUUGUGUACAACGAUGUUUGCAAUAGAAAGAAGGCAUCGAAAAGCAAGCGAUCUUUUGCUGCCUUGUUCGAAAAGGAACGUGCAAAGUUUAAAGCUGUAAGUAGUUGUAAACAUUGUAGUUAGUUUUGCCAUUUUAUAAUUAUUAAGUUUGGCUUUUUACUGUCUAUUAUUUUAUUUACGCUAAAUUUGUUAUUUUUAGGACAAAAAUUUCGGAUUGGUGCAUAAAGUGUACGAAAAUGCCCUAUUGGUCAGGGCGAGGCAGUUAUCACAGGUAAUUUUUAUUGCAUGAUUUGAUAUAGCUUUUUUUAACUUAAGUGUUAAAUUUUAUUAAUGUUGGUUUAGACGUUCACUCGCUUAAAGUUGGCCGAAGUCCCGAAAUACCUCGAGUUCGCUGAUGAAAGCGUGAAUUCAAGUAAACUCUUGACUGAGUGCAUUGAAAGAGGACAAGUUUCUGGUCGACUCGAUCUGGACACAAACUCCGUGUUCUUUGACGAAGUAGCUGAAACUCCAGUGGAUUCAAGCCGGUUGGAAGAAGCUAUGCAGAAUUGUGUCUUUCUGUCUGAUAUCUUGUACAAGUGUCAUCGUGAGAUGAACCUUCACCCUACUUACCUUCAGAAAUCGUACAAGAAAGCGGCUGUCGGAAGUGUCAAUCAGUAUAUGGUUAAUAUGGAAGACGAAGGAGUUGUGGCUCCAUCGGCUUCAUCUUAA